CUUAAAUCGCACCGCUGGAGCUCCAAUGUAACGAUGGCACGUUAGGACUGGUGGCGUGACUGCGAUUUUUUUUUUGAUAUUUUAAUUUAUGAUAAAUCACAUUCACAGACAAAUAUUGGUUUCAACAUGGGGCUGUGCUACAGUUUGCGUCCCCGGCUCUUCGGGGACCUGAGCGGCUCUAUCUCCAACGCUACCUCGGACUCGGACCAGCCUCCGGACGCGACCCGCGCCGGGGGAGCGCGCCAGGAGGACACCGGGGGAUGCGGGGAGACUUCGGCGCUACGCGGCGGCGACGGCGGCCCGGUGCGCCCCGGGGACCCUGCCAGGCUCCCGGCCGGGGAGCACCGCCGUGGAGACACCGGCACAGACGGUGUACUCAUACAAAACGGAGGUGGCGGUGGAGGAGGAGGUGGAGGAGGAGGUGGUGGUGGUAAGGGGACAGGGAAGGACCGCGGCCGACGCUUGCAGCUGCUUCAAAAGACUAGCACCCAAAAGCAGAAAAACUGGGACAAAUUGCUGGUGGAGGAGAAGGAGGCCCAGAAGGAGGCGAAGAAAAUCAGUAAGAAAAUUGACAUUGAGCUGAGGGAGCUCAAACGGGAGUAUAAACAGACGCAUCGGCUGCUGCUGCUCGGUGCGGGAGAGUCCGGAAAAAGCACCAUUGUGAAGCAGAUGAGGAUCCUACACGUCAACGGCUUCAACGCAGAAGAAAAGAAACAGAAAAUCCAAGAUAUUCGGAAAAACGUGAAGGAUGCCAUAGUGACUAUAGUGUCUGCGAUGAGCACUUUAAUACCCCCAGUUCCGCUAGCCAACCCAGAGGACCAAUUCAGAAUCGAAUACAUCAAAAGCAUAGCACCUCUCUCCGACUUUGACUAUUCACAGGAGUUCUUUGAUCAUGCAAAGAAGCUGUGGGACGAUGAAGGAGUGAAGGCAUGCUUCGAAAGGUCCAAUGAGUACCAGCUCAUCGACUGCGCACAAUAUUUCCUGGACAGAAUUGACUCUGUAAGACAGAGCGACUACACACCAACGGACCAGGACCUGCUACGCUGCCGAGUGUUAACUUCAGGGAUUUUCGAGACGAGGUUCCAAGUAGACAAAGUGAACUUUCACAUGUUUGAUGUUGGAGGCCAGAGAGAUGAAAGGAGAAAAUGGAUCCAGUGCUUUAACGACGUCACUGCUAUCAUCUUCGUGGUGGCCAGCAGCAGCUACAACAUGGUAAUAAGGGAAGACAAUAACACCAACAGGCUACGGGAAGCCCUGGACCUCUUCCGCAGUAUUUGGAACAACAGAUGGUUACGUACUAUAUCGGUCAUAUUAUUCCUGAACAAGCAGGACAUGCUGGCUGAGAAAGUAUUAGCUGGAAAAUCCAAAAUUGAAGACUACUUCCCCGAAUAUGCUCGCUACACCAUACCAAAUGAAGCAACUCCUGAACCCGGUGAAGACCCAAGAGUGACGAGAGCGAAGUUCUUCAUCAGAGAUGAGUUUCUUCGGAUCAGCACUGCGAGUGGCGACGGCAGACACUACUGCUACCCCCACUUCACCUGCGCCGUGGACACAGAGAACAUCCGGCGGGUGUUCAACGACUGCCGGGACAUCAUCCAGAGAAUGCACCUGCGGCAGUACGAACUCUUGUGAUGGGACCGCCUCCGUCAGCCUUUCUGUGUUUUUUCUCCACCAUUCUGCAUCCUUGACGAACCCUUCCUCCUCCUAUUUCUCCUCCUCCUCCUCCUUUAUCCACUACCCUCCUCCUCCUCCUCCUCCUCCCUCAAAGUAACCCUCAACACCUCCCUUCCCCACUGACCACCCCUCCUGUCGAGGACUAUGAAGUACUACUGAAGUGUGUCAAAUCCUCUUCCUCUUCUUAACUUCUUAGCUUUUUGUACGUUUUUUUUUUUCUUCUUUUUUUUUUCUCUCUCUGAGAUUCAUCCCCAUUUCACCGAUAUGUAAAAGGAAGGUUGGGGAACAAAGUUGUUGAGUGCCGCUAUUUUUUUUUUCUUUUUCUUUUUAAUCCUUCCUUUUUUGAAUGCCUUGAUUUUUGUCAUUCCACUAAGCCUUGGGCUACCUCCUCUUUUUUUUGCCCCUUUGUGUCCUUCUGGGUUUUUUUUUUUGUUGUUUUUUUUUUUUGGCUUUGUCAUUGGACCUGGACUGGUGGGUGUGGGUGCAUGAAACACACCUACGGGACCUCAGUCCUGUAGGUGUGUGUGUGUGUGUGUGUGAGUGUGUGUGUGAGAAAGAGGGAUGAUGAUGAUGAUGAGGGAGGAUUUGCCAUGUGUGAGGUGUGAGGAAGUGUCUGUGUGUGUGUGUGUGUGUGUGUGUGUGUGUGUGUGUUUAUGUUUGUCACCACCAUGACCUUUUACCCCUUCCUUUUACCCCCCUAAAUCUUCCUCCACCCCUUUUUUUCAUUUUUUUUAUGCCCCAUCACCCCCUCCAACUUUAACAGCUCCUCUGCUCCUCCUCUCUCUCUCUACGUGGACGACGACCGACUGGACGCCCGAGAUAAAAAGAGAGAGAGAGAGAGCGAGAGGGACAGGAGAGGACGGAGGGGGAGAACCGAGUGGAUGAAGAGAUAAAUGCACUUUGCAUCAGGUUCCUUAAUAACUUUUUUUCGGUUGUUGUUUUUUUUUUUUUGUUGUUGUUUUUUUUUUUCUCCAGAGGAAGCAUACACACAAUGUAGCAUCACAAUAUUUAUUACCCUGUCACGAUGUUAGCUUGUUGCCGAGCUGCAGGGUGGACCGAGCAGCCGAGAGACAUGUGGAGCGAUUUAAGAAAAAAAAACAAAAAAAAAACACAAAAAAAAGAAGAGAAAAAGAAAAAAGGAAAAAAAAGAGAGGGAGGGGCGGGAAAUUAUUAAAAUUUACACGACGACAUGAAGAAGAAGGAUUUCAAAUGAAGAAAUGAAGGAAAAAGGGACUGAGCUCUCUGCACCUUAGCCCUGCCUCCACGGACUCGGACCUGCCUCCUUUUUUUUUUUUUUUUUUUUCUCUUCUUCUUUUUUUUUUCUUUCUUUCUUUUCCACACAAACCAUCCUUUUAGCCUAGAGAUACUGAUGGGGAGGGGAGGGGAGGGGAGGGGAGGGGAAGAGAAAAAUGUAUUGUUCUCCUUUUUUUUUCGGGUUUUUUUUUGUUGAACUUGUACACUGUGCAAGGUUGAAUUAUCCUGUACAGACUGUAAAAUGUAAUAUUAUUUUGUACAACUUAAUUGAAAGAAAAACAAAUCUACUUGUAGAUCUUUGUGCCUUGAUUAUGGCUGUACCUGUAAAUGAGCUCAGAUGUAAGUAUGUUUUCGACUGCGCUGUACAGCUUGAUGUCAAAACUCUAUCGGCAGCGGAAGACUGCGGGUAGGGGACUUUCUCUGUAGAGUUUAGUUUUUUCUGGUUUAUAAAAAAAAAAAAAAAAAAAGGAAAUGCUGUUUAGUAAAAAAUAAAAAAUAGGGAAAAAAUCCUAAAAACCUGUAUACAUUAUGCAAAUUAACCACUUACCUGCAGUGAAGACCAGAUGUUGCAGCGCCAUGCCUUUUUUUUUCUUUUCUCUUUUGGUUUAAUUUUUGUUUUUGUUUUUUUUUCUGUUUCCUCCUUUUUUUUUCUUCUUCUUUUUUUUUGAAUUUCACAGCUUUAAAAACAAAACAUUGGAAAUCCAUUGAAAGUGUCCAAAUUGCAACCUGGUGUUGUUUUAAUAGGAACCAACGUUUUUUCGAUAUGAAGUGUGUCUGAGAUCUGUACUGAUGUGCGUGCCUGUGCGCAUGUGUACAUAAAGACAAACAUAGACUCACAGACGCAUUGUGUGUGCGUGCGUACGUGUGAGGGCGAGUGUGCGUUGUGUGUAAAAUUUUAUAAAUGUAUGUACAUGUAAAUUUAUAGGUCUAUAUAAAUAUAUAUGUACAAUUAUACAUGUUUAAUUAUGUGUGUGCCUAGGUGUACAUACCUAUGUAUGUAUACGGUAAAUAUGUAUACAUACACACAUAGGAAAGCAUGUUUAGAAUGGAGAUGAAUAAAUGAGAGCGUGCAAUAUUAGUAAUUCUUUGGUCCUUUGGAGCCAUACCCGAUGGCACAGGCACUAUGAAUGUGUGAGCAGCACCCAACAAGACAAGCUCUUCUCCUUGUACAAACAGCAUCAGCCUUUUCUUCUGCUACAGUACACGUCUAUCCCCAAAAGAGAGUGAACUGACUGGAGGUGCAAAAACCUUGUUUGGCCUGGGAGGAUGAUUAAAUGACAUUUUUAUUUUCUUUAAAUAAAGAGGCACAUUAGAGGACUUUGCUUUAUUUCCA